AUGAAGACUCCAAGGGCUUGGAGUUCUCCUACCGUGACGUAUGUGCCAAGCAGCAGCACAGAAUCAUCCUCCAAAUCACCAUCUGAAUCGUCAUAUGAAGCAUCAUCUGAAGAGUCAUCUGAAUCAUCAUCCAAAACAUCAUAUGAAGCAUCAUCCGAAGCGUCAUAUGAAUCAUCAUCCGAAUCAUCAUCCAAAUCACCAUCUGAAUCAUCAUAUGAAGCAUCAUCUGAAGCUUCAUCUGAAUCGUCAUCUGAAUCAUCAUCCAAAACAUCAUCGGAAGCAUCAUAUGAAGCAUCAUCGGAAGCAUCAUAUGAAUCAUCAUCAGAAACAUCAUCAGACUGUUCCCGUGAAAAAAGUGAAGAGGAUGAUGAGAAGGAGAAUGAAGAUAAUGACGAGAAAGAUAAUAAUGAUUGUCCAUCUGUUAGGGCAACAUGUCCCAAAAAUGGAAAAGGGAACUGCCCAGGCUCUGCAAUCAAUCCUGACCCUGCAUCAGCACCAGCAGCCACUCCUCAGCCUGAAGCCGCAAAGAAAAAGACUUCAUGCAGCAAGUCAGACGGGCAGAGGAAGAAACCCAAGGAGACAAAAACAGAGCUCCUCCUAGAGAAACUGCGCAGCCUUUUGAGUGUGGGAGAUCCUAAGCAGAAAUACAUGCUGUUGGCAAAAAUUGGUAAAGGGGCAUCGGGAAGAGUUUAUCGUGCACGUGAAUAUGACACAGGACGAGAGGUGGCCAUAAAGCAAUUGAAAUUCCUAACCACGCCAGUAAAACGUUUACUAAGAGAAAUCCUGAUCCCGAAGGAGAAUAAGCAUCCCAACAUUGUGAACUAUUUAGAGAGCUACGGAGUCAAUUCUCACCUCUGGGUGGUGAUGGAAUACAUGUCUGGAGGCUCUCUGGCUGGCCUCGUUCAUAAUGUGCGUAUGCAUGAAAGACAGAUAGCAGCUGUCUGCAGGGAGUGCCUGCAAGGCCUGGCUUUCCUUCACUCAAACCAAGUGAUCCACAGAGACAUCAAAAGUGACAAUAUCCUCCUUGGAAUGGAUGGAUCUGUCAAGCUGGCUGAUUUUGGCUUGUCUACUCAUACCACCCCUAAGAAGAGUAGGAGGACAUCAAUGGUCGGGACUCCUUACUGGAUGGCACCAGAAGUGGCAAGAGAAGAACCAUACGGCCCUAAAGUGGACAUCUGGUCACUUGGCAUCACGGCAAUAGAAAUGGUGGAAGGAGAACCUCCUUACUUUGACCAACGUCCUCACAAGGCGAUAAAACUGAUAGCCCAGAACAGAACACCAAAGCUGAAGAACCCCGGGAAACAUUCCCUGCUGUUGUGUGACUUUCUGAACUGCUGCCUGGAGGUGGAUGAGAACAGGCGAUGGUCAGCUGAGCAGCUUCUGGAGCAUCCAUUUUUACAAUCAGCCAAGUCGCUCUCCAGUCUGACUCCUCUCAUCAUGGCGGCAAAGCAACUGAAUGAGAAGAGGAGGAGGAGACACUAGCGCUUGUGGCCAACGUUCUGCUGUGGCACCUGCUGUGGGAGGAAGAAGGGAUUUGGAGUGCUCCCCCCGGCUCUGUCCCUGGAAGUUUGAAUGGGGGAAGAAGAAGGCAGGAAGCUGUUUUCCCAGCACUUCCCACCUCCUGGAGAGGCUUCUGCUUGUCCAGGAAGGGGAGUUAACCCUUUCUCGCCUCCUAGGCAGGAGGCAAAACACUAAGUUGUGGCAGCAGUGGCUCAGGCAGUUCUUAUGGUCAACAAUCAUUGGGGGAGCUACAGCAGCCCCAGGAUUAAGACCUUCUGCCUAGCUGAGCCAACAGUGGUCACUGAGCACGUGCCAGGAGGGAGCAAGGAUAAUUCCUUGUCCCAAAUUCAAGUGGGCCAACCUGUGCUGGUUAAUGUGCUCUCUAGUGGGGUUGUGCUCAUGAUACUGGCUAAGCCCAGGGGCUUAUAGGCCUGGGAAGCCCUGGAUGCUAAUGGGAGGACCCACUGCAUAAGUGUGAGGUGAGUUGUCCCCAGCUAUUAAUUGCUAAGCCCGGCUACUACGUGCCGAGGCAAGUUUCUCUCUUUGCAGGACUGAGGCCAGGCCGAGGACCAGAUUCCGGGACAUGGACCAGUACCUGACCAGCACCUGGGAGAGGAAGGACCAUCUACACAGGAGACGGAGGCACAUCACACCGAUGUGGCCAGUGGAUGAUGGCGUCAGGACUUGGAAAGCAUGACCUCCAGCCAUGGACUCAAAGCAGCAGCUGUGUCUACAGGCACUUUGGACUUCGGCGGGUUUCGUUCGCGUCUGACUUAAUGCCGCGUGGAUCCACAACGGGAUAUUGCUUGCAGUUUCAGAGGCUGCCGCAGAGAAAUUCAGCAGGGAUCACUGCUAAAGUCCUGCUUCACCUCUCCAGUUAGCUCCAA